CCUCGAAAUCCAGGCUCGAUUCAAAGCUGCUUCUCAAGAUCACAAAGAAUCCCAUGAAUACGCAAAUCAGUGGAUGUCGGACCUGACUGAAUAUGGCGUCAGGUGUUGUCGCUCAUUCCCGCUCAAAAGAUAAAAAGCAUCCGCAUAGAAGUUCCAUUCGGCGGCACACCCGGUCACCAUGGGGGGCGCCCUGUCGCAGGUCCCUGAGGGCCUCGUUGGUGGCUAUCAAGGGGGUCUCGCUGCGAAAAUAUUGAUGGUCGUCUUUAGUUCCGUCGCUCUGUAUAACGCUAUCGAGCUCAUCAUCCUGAUUUUUCUCGUCUUUAAUCGUUAUGCUGGGCUGUAUUUCUGGGCGAUGUUGUUGUCGAAUGUCCUCGGCGUCAUCCCACAUGCUAUCGGCUUUCUACUCGAAUUCUUCGCAAAAGGACCUCUCUGGCUGGCAGUCACCCUUGCUACUAUCGGUUUCUAUUUCAUGGUACCCGGGCAGUCGGUCGUCCUCUAUUCUCGACUUCAUUUGGUUGUGCAGAACCGAAAGCUUCUUCGGCGCAUUCGCUACCUGAUCAUUUUCGAUACCAUUGUUUUGUUGAUUCCGACGACCGUUCUCACAUACUCUACUAUCUAUGUCCGCACCGACCCGAUAAUCCGUGGAUACAACGUUAUGGAACGGAUGCAAGUGGCUUGGUUUUGUGCGCAGGAAAUCUUGAUUUCCGGGAUCUAUAUAUGGGAGACGGUCAAUCUUCUGCGCCUGCGGCCGGAGAAAGAUUCGGCCCGCACAAAGAUCAUGUAUGAGCUGAUUACCAUCAACGUGGUCAUUGUGCUCCUGGACGUGGCACUACUCGUGUUAGAAUAUAUUGGGCUUUACGCUCUUCAAACUACACUCAAAGCUGCGGUCUACAGCGUCAAGCUGAAGUUGGAGUUUGCCGUGCUGAGAAAGCUCGUCUUGCUCGUCAAUACCCGCCCCUCCGACUCGAGUUCGACCGACCACGAAGAGUACCCCAACUUCGUCGAUCCUGGUCAACUGACGGGAGAUAUCACGCAUGCUGCGCCAAUUCGCGCACGGACUCGCUCUCGGUAUCCGUGGAGUGGGAUCUCUAUGGAGAGCUUAGACCGGUCUGAGCGCCGAGGGAUUUCCUCCGAGACUACACGCCCCCCAUGACAGUGUCACCACGCUAGCUUUCAUAUGACGAUCCGCCGUUUACGUGCCGAGUGGUGAUUUCUAGUAUCCAUCACUCAGAACUCUUCCGCGCUCUACUCCCCCCCCCCAAAUCAAACCCUCGAGGCAUUGCUCUUCCGGCGUCUCGGGGUAGGGAGAAACGCCUUGUG